AUGAAAAUCCCCGAUCAGACGAUGCAGUACAAUAACCUGGGCCGGUCGGGCCUCAAGGUCUCGCAACUUUCGUACGGCGCGUGGGUUACCUUCGGCAACCAGCUGGACGUCAAGGAGGCCAAAUCCAUCCUCCAAUGCUGCCGCGACCAGGGCGUUAACUUCUUCGACAACGCCGAGGUCUACGCCAACGGGCGGGCCGAGGAGAUCAUGGGCCAGGCCAUAAAGGAGCUGGGCUGGAAGCGAUCCGACAUCGUCGUUUCCACCAAGAUCUUUUGGGGCGGGCCCGGCCCGAACGACAAGGGCCUUUCCAGGAAGCACAUCGUGGAGGGGACUAGGAGCUGCUUGAAGAGGCUGGAUAUGGAGUAUGUGGAUGUGCUAUACUGCCAUCGGCCGGACAUUGGGACACCGAUCGAAGAGACGGUGAGGGCCAUGAACUAUGUGAUCGAUAAGGGGUGGGCUUACUACUGGGGGACCAGCGAGUGGUCCGCCCAGCAGAUUACGGAGGCCUGGGGCGUGGCUCAGAGGCUGGAUCUCGUCGGCCCUAUCGUUGAGCAGCCUGAGUAUAAUCUAAUCUCCAGGCACAAGGUUGAGUCUGAGUACCUUCCUUUAUACACUAAUUAUGGUCUUGGCCUCACUACAUGGAGUCCUCUGGCUUCUGGAGUUCUAACUGGGAAGUACAACUCCGGAAAUAUCCCUCCGGAUAGUAGGUUUGCUUUGGAAAAUUAUAAGAAUCUUGCCAGUAGAUCAUUGGUAGAUGAUGUGCUCAAGAAAGUGAAUGGGCUAAAACCAAUUGCAGACGAGCUGGGUGUGCCUUUGUCUCAGCUAGCAAUUGCUUGGUGUGCAUCAAAUCCAAAUGUCUCAUCUGUCAUUACAGAAAUACCUGCUACUCCAUUGGAGCCUUGCCAGCCUGCACCGUCGCCGGUCCCACCACCGCCUCCUGCAGUAGAAAUCGAUGAAUGCGACGACAAUUGA